CUGGUUCGAAGCGAAGAAGAGCAGAAACACAUAUGGAGCGUGACGUUAUACCGUCCCCAUAACCUCCAUCUUUCAGUGCUGUAUUCUUUAGGAGAGUUUUUUGCAGGUAAAAACAUGAAUCAGGAAAAAUUGGCAAAGCUCCAAGCCCAGGUGCGGAUAGGAGGCAAGGGUUCAGCACGCAGGAAGAAGAAGGUGGUGCACAGAACUGCAACAGCUGAUGACAAAAAGCUUCAGAUUUCACUAAAGAAAUUAGCUGUCAACAACAUAGCUGGAAUUGAGGAGGUGAACAUGAUCAAGGAUGACGGAACUGUAAUCCACUUUAACAACCCCAAAGUUCAGGCCUCUUUGUCUGCCAACACCUUUGCUAUCACAGGCCACGCUGAGACCAAGCAGCUAACAGAGAUGCUUCCUGGCAUCCUCAGUCAGCUGGGAGCCGACAGCCUCAGCAGCCUGCGCAAACUGGCAGAGCAGUUACCUCGGCAAGCGCUUGACAGCAAGGCACCCAAAGUGGAGGACAUCGAGGAAGAGGAUGACGAUGUUCCAGAUUUGGUGGAGAACUUUGAUGAGGCAUCAAAGAAUGAGGCAAACUGACACACAUGAGCUUUGUGUGCACGUGGACUGGACUGCGCUACUAGAAGCAGAAACCUUCCCCUGUGUUUUUAGGUCUAAUUAUUGGGACCUAUCAAAUAUCUUCCUCAACAGUCCCACUGACCUUUACUGCUUUGUGAUGACCCACCAAGUCAUACUGGCUUGUGCACUGGUGGAAAACCUGCUGGUCAACAGUUAAAUCCCUUCACCAAAUUGUCGUCUCUAGGAUUGUCUUAAGUCUUAAUGUUUUUUUGCUUGUUUGUUUAUAACUCAAAAUAAAGGUGGUUAACAUUU